GGAAGUCGCACUUCCGGCUUGUAACGUGACGCGAGAGAGACCAAAGAAAGUCAAUCCCUACUUUGAAACAGUAGUUUGUAGGAGCUGGGCGUUUUAUUAACUCGAAAUAAGUCGCGCAAUCUGUUAUAAAACCAAGGAAUAUUCGAGAAAAGAUGGCUGAGAGCGACUGGGAUACAGUGACCGUGCUGAGGAAGAAAGGAUCCGCGGCGCAGGCCAAAUCCAAACAGGCAGUAAUUGCAGCCCAGAGAAGAGGAGAGAGCGUGGAGACUACAAAAAAGUGGGCAGCAGGUCAGAAUAAGCAGCAUGUUGUCACUAAGAACACAGCCAAACUGGACAGAGAAACGGAGGAGCUCCAUCAUGAGCGAGUAACACUGGAGGUGGGCAAAGUUAUACAGCAGGGCCGGCAAAAUAAAGGCUUAACCCAAAAGGACCUGGCCACAAAAAUUAAUGAGAAACCACAAGUAAUUGCAGAUUAUGAAUCAGGAAAGGCCAUCCCCAGUAAUCAAGUAAUGGGAAAGAUUGAGAGAGCUAUCGGACUUAAAUUGCGUGGAAAGGAAAUUGGGCAGCCCCUCGAUGCAGGGCCCAAGAAGAAAUGAACAAAAAAUCCUCGAAAUCCACCACUUGGCAUGCAGAAUCCCUCUCACUAUUCUGGCCUUCAUCAGUUUCCACAUGCUGCUGCCUUAUUAAUACCCUUUAAUUAAAACAGUAAUAAAACUGUUUAAGUGGUGGACCAAAUGUCAAUGAAUUGACAGUAAUAAUGAAAUGAAAACAUCUUUGCUUACAUAACUGCUCUUUCCCUCCCCCUUUAAUUUGUUGUUUACAAUUACAUAAUUUUAUGCUUGCUUUGAAGUUUAAAUAAAUUUUGGCAUUUGAUUUAA